AUGGCGACUCCCUCCCCACCCAGUUCCAAGGAAUUUCUCCCCGAACCCGUUACGCCUCAUCGUCCGUCGCGGAAGGUAGUCGUGGCGGCCACACCGACCACUCGGAACGAGAAUGGCGUUCAGCAAUGGGGUUUCGGGUCAAAACUCGCCAAUGACCGAUACGAACGAUAUUCCCAGGAAGCAGAGCGUUAUAUUUUAGGCCCCAUGCCUGUAGAGGACUUUUUGGAUUUCUUGCCAGAGGCACCCACAAAACGGCCGAAUGCUAGGAACGCAUUCAUUGAUGUUCCAGAACGGGCAGAAAAGGAGAAGGAUAUCUAUACACCUCUGAUUGCGGCGCUCAACGCCGAAUUGAAUGGCCGGAAACGCUGUCCUGGGUUUGUUUUCCUGGAUACCUCGUCACGAGGCACCAAUCAUGGAAAACCUGGGUCGGUGAAGCCUGAUGUGGUUUGUUAUUCCACGGAGAUUGUCGACUCGGUUGACACUAACAAGACGACGGACGAGCCCAUCGGCGAUCUUAGUUUCGCAGACUUGUAUAUUGAGGUAAAGGGACGACCUGAACAGGAUUGUUUUACAGAUCCAUCACCCAACAGCGAUCGCGCUGCACACAAGUUCGUCCUGAACAUUACUGGUGAAAGAAAGCUCGAGCAGGCCAGGCACGAUCUCGGACAGAAUAUCGCAUACGCAGUUGAUGCGUUUGCACGCCAGUACCGCACGCGGUACUUUUCGGUGUCAUUAUCCGGGACAUUAGCUCGUCUCAUCCGGUGGGACCGUGGGGGCGUGAUGGUAUCGGAAUCGUUUGAUUUGCGCAAACGACCAGAGGCACUCUGCGAGUUCUUGUGGCGAUAUGCGCAUGCGUCGGGAGCGAAGCGCGGGUACGACUGUACCGUCGAAUGUGCGACAAAAGAGGAGGAAGCGUUGUUUGAGGAGUCCAUCACGCGCCACGUCAAAUUACAGCUGGACCUCGAAGAUAUGGCGCAACUAGUUGGGAAGCAAAAGAAAGCUGCUGAAAAGGAACUGGCCGCCGGAGUGGAUGAGCAUUUUGAGCGAGGCACUGUGGCUGCGAUCACCGUCGUUGACCAGAAUUCGAGAAGGCGCCGACUGCUGGUAUCUCGGCCAGUAGUCUCACCUCUUACAUUGGCCAGUCGUGCCACUCGCGGGUACUGGGCGGUGGCGGCCGACGAAGAACGAGGAAGGGUUGUCUUCCUGAAGGACACAUGGAGGUACACUGCGGACGGCAUACGAAAAGAGGGUGAUAUAUUGGCAGAGCUACAGGAUGCUGAGGUACCGCAAACCCCGCAAUUGGUCCAUCAUGGAGACGUCCCAGAGCAAUGCCCCAUCUCGGAUGGCACAGAUAUAGAAGGAAAGCUACGUGAACAGACAGCUUUUCAGUGCACCUUUACUCCGAGAUACCAAGAUGCAAAGUGGGUGUGCAAGAAUGGGAAAGCUAAGAUUCCAGUAUUUGCUCAGGUACAUUACAGGCUAGUAUUAGGCACUGUGGGUUAUGGUCUGCAGAGAUUCAAGGGGACAAGAGAACUUCUUAGCGGUACCUACGAUGCGUAUCAAGCUAUGCUGGGCGCGUUCUACAUGGACGACCAAACAAAGAGUAGGCUUCAUCGCGAUAUCAGCCUAAGUAAUAUUAUCCUCGUUAUGGAUCCGAUGACGCGGAUAAGGCGCGGCUACUUGAUUGAUUGGGAACUGUCCUGUCUUAUUAACAACACAGGAGGGACUCGGGAUUACAGAAGGACGGGAACAUUUCAGUUCAUAUCACAACGCAUGCUGCGCUACGAGAAUGUUGCUCACACGAUCCAGGACGACAUGGAGUCAAUCCUCUGGGUCGUACUCUAUUGCAGCUUGCUGUGGUUGGAUCACGAUCUGCCAGUGAAAAAACUGGUCACAACGAUGUCCACUAUUUUCGACCAAUGCAAUUCAUUCGAGGACGGUGAAACUACGGCUGGUGAUGGCAAGGUCAGCAAUCAAGUCUCCCGAUUGUACACAAGCAAGAUCCAUUUCUCGAACCCGAAGAUUCAAGAGUGGUUGAAUGCAGUCAUGAAUUUCAACUCAUCCUAUGUGUUUAAUUGGCCGCUGAACGCGACAUUUUUCAAAGCCUGGGAGGAUCCUCGAACACUCGAUAGAUACUGGAAGGCUUUCCUGGGCGACAACGAACUGCUUACUGCGGACAGGAUAUCUCGUGUAUUGCCUCUGAAGCAAGCACCUCGGAACGACCCAGGCAGAGCGACGCCGCACCCCGCGACUAGGACAAUGUCUACCCUUCCUAUCCAUGACUUUACCAUGCCCCGGAUGUCAGCAUUGCAAUUGGGAUCAAUUCGAUCUGGGGUGAAGCGAAAGGCAGAAGGCAUACCCUCCGAUGCUGGCCUCCCAGAGCUGAAGCGCAGCUUUGUGUCAGGAUUUAGCGGCUUCAACGCUGGCCCUGUGACCCGAGGAGCCGCGGCAAGGGCCCAAGCACAGUCAUUCGCACCUAACGGACUUGUGGCACGAGCGAGGGCAAGACGAAUGCUCAGCAACGUAGAGUCAAGCAGCUCUAGUAUGCAGAGACAGCAUGCUGGCGCUGCCUCUUCGAGCCGGCGUGCAGGCUCUACGCAAACACUGGAGAGGGGCGCUCAUUUCAAGCAAAGUUUCGGAGCAGGUGGCGCGAGAACAAGGAAGUGA